AUGGCCGAGGCACACUCGUAUCCUCUGCUUGUUGGAUUCGAAGAAACCAACAUACCCAAUUUAGAAACAAAGUUACUGCAGUACUUUCGUACUGUCGGUGGCGACUGUGAGAUUGAGUAUGAAAAUGGCAGCAGGACAGCGAAACUGCACUUCACGAGAGAGGAGGAUCAGAGGAAUGUUCUGGCGAAAGAGUCUCAUCAGAUCAGCUUGGAAAAGGGCGUUUUGAAGCUGACGGUUCAUUUAUCCACUGAAGCGAAAUCAUCACAGGAAUUCCCAUUGGAUAAAGACAACACGAAAUCUGUUAAAAACAUAAAGACGAAGAAUUCCAUAAAGAAUGACGAGGCCAGAGUUAAUCGGUUUUCUGUUUUAAAAAGUUUAAGAAGGUCAUUUAAGGGCAAGGCGUCAAUAAAACUUCCCGCUGCCAUCUCAGAGCCCAUUGACAGUGCUGUCCUCAGAUACCUAGCUCAAAAUAAAUCAGCAGCAGAGACCAUUUGCAGUGAAAUGGACAAACACUUCUGCAUCGUAAACCUCGGCCAAACCACUGUGACCUUGAGUCCUGUAUCUUCUUUACUAAAGCAAAAGGAUGCCAAAGCCAUCAUCAAAGAGUGGACUGAUACUGUGAAGUUAGUGUUUAAAAAAUCUGUGUCAAAGUUCAAAUCUGUGAAGUUCUGUCCAGAUUCAGAUGCAUGGAAAGAGUCUGAGGAAAAGAUCAGAGAGAUGUUACUGAAUGAAAAUGUGAUUGUAGUACCUGGUAAAGACAGUGGUGCUUUAUCAGUGGCUGGUCCUGUUAGUGAUGUCGACAGACUGGAGAAAUCUCUUUCUGAAAUUAUAAACAAAAUCCACAGGGAGAAAACAAGUAAAACUGUAGAGAUCGAAGUGUCACCAUCAGUUUUCCAUCUCCUGCAUCAAAAUGGGCUUUUGGACAACCUUCUACUUGUGACCAUCUAG